AACAAUCAUGGAUCUUGCAAUUAAAAGGGUAUACUUGUACAUAUGCACAUAUGACCCAGUACGACCUCUGGCUUACGGCGGCUCACUUAUAUUAAAAUCCCAUGUAACCUAUGACAUUUUUUUUUCUUUUCUUUCAAAGAUACGUUUAACCAAAUUUCCGUAAUGUAGUAGGUACCCAACGAUUUUUCACGUAAGUUAUGUUUCGUAAAUAAUAUUUCGUAACUAAAGCAUUAUAUAUUAAUAAUAAGCCAAUUCGUUUGAACAUUUUUGCUCGAUCUUCGGCUUAACUAGAUUUUUUUAUGGCAAAACAAUCGUCUAUCACAUUUCAUUAUAUAAUGUUUUAAUCAAAUAUUUAAUUUAUUAGUCUUACCUACUUGCUGCACCGAAAACUACCGAAAUCUUUACGAUAAACAUGUAAAUACGUUUAUGUUUCAAAUCUGUUAACUUCGGUAAGUAUAAAUAAUUAUCGUAUUGGAGCAGUUUUGCGUUAAACGGAAUCGCAAUAUUACGGUUUGACAUAUUGUCGUUGUACGAGUUAAAUAAUUAUUCCUCUAUCCCCAUAAGCAGAUACAUUUUGAUCACGUAUGACUUCAGAAUGCCGAAAUGAUUAGCAAAAUGGUUCGAAAAGAUAGGUAUGCUAAAAGUGAUGUUCAAAAAUUGGAACACGAAAUUAAACCAGAUAUAAUGUUAUUUACGGAAAAUAAAAUGCUUCCUACAUUCAAAUCCGUAUCCACAAAAAUGCCUCCAAGGAUUUGCUCUUUUCCAAAUGUUAAACCCACAAUGAUGCAACUUUCCAAGCGUGAAAAGAAACGUACGUUGUCGUUCCUACAAAGCCCAUCGCACGGCAUUUAUAAUAACAUCCAAGAAAAACGGAAGGUAUAUGGCUCUAUUUACGAAAAGUCGUACAAGACGCGAUACGAGAAAUGUAUUAGCCGGAAUAAAUUAGAUUCGCAAAAGAACGAUAUUUCUAGUACUUCAGAACAAUUUUCUUAUAAAUCGAGAAGGUUAAAGAGAGAAAACGAAAAUAAAUCUCUAUUAUUUCCGAAUACAAUAAAUUCAUCGGACGAUAAAUGUUAUUCUCAGGAAAAGAUGUUUAAUUCUAGUAGAGAGUCCUUUCCUAUAUCAACAGUAGUAUUAUGUAGCGACGCACGAGAAGAACAGAAGGCGCUUAAACGGCCGUGCGAGAAAGAUAAAUUUUCUGCUGAAAAAAAUACUUUAGUUUGUAAAAAGAAAAAUAUUAAAUUGCAUAGAAACAAUAAAAUAUUUAUGCCGAUGACUCAAAAUAUUUUUCAAGAGACUGACAAAACAAAUAUAAAUUGUAUUAACUAUAUAACGUCGAAUCACGAACGUACAGAAAAUCAGUAUCGAAGGGAUACUGUCGGAAUAACGUUCUCAAAGAUGAAAACUACAAAUAAUGAAGAUUCAUUAAUUGCUCCAAUGUAUCGAUCAUAUUUUUGCAAUCUCAUUACGCCUGAUUUAUGCAACAACGACAAUAGAAAAGAAGAUGUCAAUGCGAAGGAUAAACUUUAUACCAGUUAUAGCGAGGAUAUGGUGAAAAUAGUAAAUCAUAAAAGUGAAAUGCGAUUAUUACAAGUAUACCAUCCUGAAGUUUGUUAUUUAUGUUGUAGUAGAGAAAAAAAAAGUGGAGACACGAAAGGUUCAAUGAGCGCCAUACGUUAUAGCAGAUCUACCCAAUGCGUACUCGACAUAAAAAAUAAUAAUUCAUAUUUGCACAUCUCACAAAGUAAACGUAACAAUAACCAACGAUAUGACAUUAAAUGUUCGUUUGAGGAUAUUAAUUGUAUAGGUAUGCCUGAAAAAAGAUCGUGGUUAAUUAAAACGUCCGAAGCAAAAGAGAAUAAACGAUGCAUGGAAGAUGGUUGUGAUUGUAAAAUAAAAUAUUCCUGGCAGAUUAUAGGCACAAGUUCGCAAACUUCUAAGGUUUUGCUACAUAAUGAUCUAGAAGAAAAUCAAAGUCAAUUUUCCGAUCAUAAUGAUAAAUCUUCAACGUAUAAAUGCGAGAUCAAAUACUCUUGGCAAAUUGUAGGCACUGGAACGCAGGUUGCAUUGCAAAAUAUCAAUGAUACGGAUUAUUGGACCGGAGUUAUAUUUUCACCGAAUAUUCAUCGAAAUAGAAAAAGCUUCAUUGAUGGGGAAAAGAAAAAGACAUGCAACGACAUUGAUUGGUGCGAAUUACAAGGAUGGAAAAAAAAAUGUAUAAUUUUAAAUAAUCAAUGCAUUCAGACGCUCGCCGAGAAAAAAACUCAAACUGACAUUCUUGACUGUAAUGUAAAAUAUUCCUGGCAAGAUUUAAUUCUACGACAUCUGUGA